GGGGGGAGCGGGGCGGGGAGAUGGAUAAACUGACCAUCAUCUCAGGAUGUCUCUUUCUGGCCGCCGAUAUCUUCGCCAUCGCCAGCAUCGCCAACCCGGACUGGAUCAACACCGGGGAGUCCGCGGGAGCACUCACUGUGGGCCUUGUGCGACAGUGUCAGACAAUCCAUGGACGAGACCGGACGUGCAUCCCACCUCGGCUUCCCCCAGAGUGGGUCACCACACUGUUUUUUAUCAUCAUGGGAAUCAUUUCAUUGACUGUCACAUGUGGUUUGCUGGUGGCUUCCCACUGGCGAAGAGAAGCUACAAAAUAUGCUCGAUGGAUAGCCUUCACUGGAAUGAUCCUUUUCUGUAUGGCUGCCCUAAUAUUUCCAAUAGGAUUUUACAUCAAUGAAGUCGGAGGUCAACCUUAUAAAUUACCCAACAACACAGUAGUUGGGUCAUCAUACGUACUUUUUGUCUUAUCAAUUUUCUUUACUAUAGUAGGACUUCUAUUUGCUGGCAAAGUUUGUUUACCAGGCUGAUGAAUGUCUAAUUUGCUCAACUCUUAUUAUUUUUAAUUUUAUUUUAUUUUUUUAUUUUUGGAGGGGAGAAGACAAAGGCAAGGCAUCUGAGCAGUCCUCUCAUAGGAAGAUGCUUAGAUGAAACUGAUGCCGAAAAGGAAAAAAAAAAUGCUUUGAUUUGUUCUCACUAUGCACUUUGGAUUUAAAAACAAAACAAACAAACAAACAAAUAAGGAGAGCCUUUUCCAUAACCAAAUACAGACAAUAUUGACUAAAUCUCCUGAGCAUAUUCAGGCAGUCAGGUCUGCACUGUGAUAGCAACCUAGUGAAGGAGAAUGCUUUAUAAUGAAAAGCAUGUGGCCCUUUGUGACUCUGUUGUUCCGUUUUUAAUGUCUAACGAUUAAUUGAGGAAAAAAAACAAACUCUAAGUAUUUAUGAAUCAUGGUGGACCAGAGGCUUACAAGAGAAGUUCACGUGGGGCUGGCCUCACCUCCUAAGAAAUUAGUAUUCACAGCUUCCUUGUAAUGGUAUGAGCCUUUGGUGCCAGAAUGAUUUGCUGUUGCAUUACUACACCAAGAAGCCAAUAGAUCAAAACUUGUUUGCUAAAAUGUAUGUAAAAUUCCUGAAAUUCCCUAUUCUCUGUGUACAAAACAAAACAAAAAAAAAAUCAAACACUAAGAAACA